AUGCACUGCACGCCCACGACCCUCACCGCCCUCGCCCUCGCCAUGGGCGCCGCAGCCGCCGGCCUGGACGACUGGCACUUCGGCAACAUGUUCAGCGUCGGCCCCGUCUCUGGCGACGUCUACAUCGCGAAAGCGACAUGGUCUUUGACGCCGCCCGCCACCCCCUGCGGCACCGUGACCCAGGACUCCAACGACGACCCGUGGAUGUCCAUCUGGAUCGGAGUGGCGCAGUCGCUCACGGACGACGGGACGGACCUGUUCCAGCCGCUGUUGAACUGGUCGCCGGAUCAGGAGGCGCAGUACUGUUCGGCGUCGGUGGAGGAGUGGUGCGUUGCUGCUAGCACGUAUACGCCUAUCGACGUCGACAGCUCCGCAAAGGUAUCCCAAAAAGUGUGGACCAACGGCAAGCUCGUUUCCCAGCAAUCCGACUCCGACGGUAUUGCGCCCAAGUGUCUCUAUUCCGGCAACGAAUGCUACAAAGGCACGUGCGGAACGCUGGCCAGCUACAACUGGAGCAACCUUACCAUCGUCCUCAGCGCGGCUGAUAAGACCUUCGGGGAUAGCUUGGUCCUCGCGAAUGCUACUUCCAGUGGCCUGAAGACAUCUGAUGACGGAAAGACUUGGCACGUUGAUUCGAUCGAGAUCGAGGAGGACCACUUCUACUUUGGCGUUGCUCAAAGUGACUGCUCGCCAUGA